GAGGAGGAGUCCGACACAAGAUGGCGGUAAGGUCGUCCUCCAACGCCGACUGACUUCAUCGGAUAAACAGCAGAAGAAGAGGAUGAGCAGGGAGGAGAAGCCGGGGCAUGAUAUUUUCGUCUGAGUGAGACCUCACUGUAACGGGGACAGGUACACACCGGCGCUAGCAAACAUGUCAGCUACUUGAAGCUAACAACAAAUAUGCCCCAACAUACAUGUCAGCUGUCGGCGUGAUUCCAGAAAUCGUCAUACGGUGACAGGACGUCACCGAGCAGCGGGGCUUGUUUGGCAGCCAGCUGUCACACAGCCACGAUUGAGCCGACAAGAAGGGGGGCUCGCCUGAAGCCGAAGAGGCGCCGCAGUGCAGGCAGCCAGCCCUGCCCCGCUAGCUCACCGACACGGCCACUGACUGGACACUACAAGCGGAGCGAGGUUAGCCGAGGGGCCGGCGGGAGUGACCGGACCGUGGGUACGCAAUUACCCAUUGUGUCGCCGUGGUGCUAAUCAGAGUGAAGAUAAUGCUCAGAUAUGAUGCCCUGUCAGACCCAUGUGUUGCUGAAGUGGGAGGAGCACCUCAACAGCUCCUGGGCGGCUGAGGACAGCGUCCAGACGGCCACCAGGCACGGAGCCGCCGUCCUUUACAAGAAACUCCUCCACAACAAGGAAGUAGUGAGUGUGGCUCAGCCAGUCCAAGAACUCAUCGGCCCUCGCCUGCCCGACUUUGAGUGCGAGUCAUGCGCCGCCGCGGAGAAGGAGGAGUAUCUUUCAUCGCUGCUCCACAGCCAGCGAUGGCUUGCUCGCCGCAUGCUGACUCAGACCUGCUACACGCAGGGCCUCCACCACAGGCUGGUGGUGCUCCAGAGGAUCUACUAUGCACUUGACACGAAGUACCAUGACAAUUUCCGCACGCAGAUUCCUGCGCAGGCCGCAGACAAUGGCACGGAAUGCGGGCAACUCGAGCUGGCCUCAGAGCCCUGCCUGCCAGGGGGCGCCUCCAAGGUCAAGACGGGCACGGAUGUUCUGAUAGAAAUGGGCGUGAGGACAGGUUUGAGCCUGCUCUUCUCGCUACUGCAGCAGAACUGGAGGUACGCCGCCUCGGUGCAACCAGAGUCGAUGCUGUGCAAUGACGUCCUCGCCACCGCCGCCUCCGUGCUGGCAUCCCUGCCGCCACUCUCCUUGGCCAACGAGAGCAAGAUCCCAUCAGUCGGGCUGGACUGCCUCGCCCAAGUGGCCGACUUUUUAAAGAAGACGUCGGUAAGCAGCGGCACCGGCGGCGCCGACUUGACGGGAAGGAGGUUAGCGCUGGAGCUGCUGCUCGGCCUGGCCAUGCAAAGAGGAUCGCUGAGGUUUCUCUUGGAGUGGGUGGAGGUGGCUUUGGCGGCUUCCAUGUCCUCUCGCACCUCCGCGCCAUCUUCCUCCUCCCCCUCACUGAGCUCCCAGCAGGCAGCUGGUGUAGGAUUUGAUGUCAUACAUCACACUCUUCUCCAAAUGAGGCAGUUUUCGGGUUUUCGCGGUGAGACCGUCCACACCCCGGUGCUCCAAAAGGACACAGACGGACUUUGCAGACUCUCCCAGGCUGCUCUCUGUCUCUUUGAGGAGAUCUGUAACCUGGCGUCAUACUGCCUGUGCUCCUGCAGCGCGGAUUCGGUUGCUCCAGGCAACGAGGGCGACGCCGUGGUGGUGUACGUGUGGGGGAGCAACAGCAGUCAUCAGCUGGCGGAGGGAACGCUGGAGAAAAUCCUGCUGCCUAAACCCACGCAGGGCUUCAGUGAUGCCCAAAUGAUCGAGGCCGGCCAGUACUGUACCUUCUCCGUGUCCGCAGAUGGCGCUGUGAAGGCAUGCGGUAAAGGAAGCUAUGGUCGUUUGGGUCUGGGGGACUCCAACAACCAGUCCAUGCCCAAGAAACUGGUGCUAGAGCCACACAGGAACAUGAAGAAGGUGUCUUCCUCCAAGGGCUCAGAUGGUCACACCUUGGCCAUCACCAUGGAAGGAGAGGUGUUCAGCUGGGGGGAUGGAGAAUAUGGCAAACUGGGCCAUGGUAACAGUGCUACACAGAAAUACCCCAAAAUAAUCCAAGGGCCGCUGAUAGGCAAGGUUGUGGUGUGUGUGUCUGCUGGCUACAGGCACAGCGCAGCCGUGACCAAUGACGGCGAGCUUUACACGUGGGGCGAGGGGGACUUUGGCAGACUUGGCCACAGUGACAGCCAGAGCCGAAACACGCCGACGCUGGUGAAGGACAUCAGUGGUGUUGGGCAGGUGGCGUGCGGCAGUUCGCAUACCAUCGCCGUGGCGCAGGAUGGACGCACCGCUUGGUCCUUUGGUGGAGGAGACAAUGGUAAACUCGGUCAUGGAGACACAAACCGGGUGUAUCGUCCAAAGGUGAUCGAGGGCCUGCAUGGGUUCAUCAUUAGGAAAGUAUGUGCUGGAAGCCAGUCCUCUCUGGCCCUCACCUCUGCAGGACAGGUGUUUGCUUGGGGCUGUGGCUCAUGUUUAGGAUCUGGCUCGUCCGAGAUCACCUCGCUGAGGCCCAGGUUCAUCGAGGACCUGAGUAUCACCAAGGUCAUUGACAUCUCAUGUGGCGACAGCCACUGUUUGGCCCUAUCACACGAGAAUGAAGUGUACGCAUGGGGGAACAACACCAUGGGCCAGUGUGGGCAAGGCCACACCUCCACACCCGUCACCAAACCUAAGAAAGUGCUGGGUCUUGAGGGGGUGUCCAUCCAGCAGAUUACGGCCGGAACCUCUCACAGUUUGGCUUGGACUGCAGUUCCGACAGAUCGUCAGCUGGUGGCGUGGCACAGGCCUUUCUGUGUGGACCUCGAGGAGAGUACGUUCACCUACCUGCGCAGCUUCCUUGAAAGUUACUGCGACGGAAUUGGGGACGACACCCCGCCAGCGCCAUUCUUAUCCAAGCGGGAGCACCAUCAGUUUAUUCUGCUGUGCAUGAAGCUGCUGUCUGUUCACUUGUCGCUGGCUCAUGCCGGGGGAACCGGUGCCAUGGUUUUGGGGUCCCAGGGCAGGCCCCUCAGGAACCUGCUCUUCAGACUCAUAGACACGAAUAUGCCAGACUCCAUACAACAGGCUGUCAUGAACACGCUGUCUAUCGGCGCCUCUUUGCUGCUGCCUCCUCUAAGGGAACGAACAGAGCUGCUCCUUUCUCUCCUACCUCAGGGCCCACAGAGUCUAAAUGUGCUUUCCAAAGGGCAACGUCUGCAGUUAGACAUGGUCCUCAGCAGCCUUCAGGACCAGAGUCACAUUGCGUCCCUGCUGGGUUACAGCAAUUUCGGGGAAGUGGUGACCCUGGGACCACCUCUGACGCCUGCCCCGUCUGCUCGACCGCCCUCCUCUUCCUCCUCUUCUGAAGCUUAUGAUCCAUUUCACUUAGCAGAGGUGCUACUCAGAACACUUCUGCUCAGCAUUGGCUUUUACACGGAGCGUGCGUUUGGAGAAUUGGAGAAAAACAGCGAUAAACUGCUAUCGAGUGAUAGUCAACGAGAGUCGGAGCCUCCUUCGCACUUCCACCAGCUUCUGUCCGGACUUCACAAACACAUGCUCGCCCAUUGUUACAUCCACUCCAGCCUAGAGGACGACAACAGUGUCAAACUGCUGCGUGAACACCUUCACUUGAUGCUUUCCUGCGCCGCAGAGACGCUCAGGAGAUCCACCAAGCUGCUGAGGGAGAGUUUCACGGACAAUCAGAUGAUGAAGAAGCUGCACACGGUGUUGUACAACUCCAUGGCAGGCAGCCUUCUCUGUCAGGUCAUGUACUCCUUGCUACUGCUGCCCCUGAACUCGGUUCAACCCCUCCUGGACCCCUUGCUGGACUUGUUGGAGGACCUGGAUGAUUUCAACAGGUUGCUUCCAGAGACGGGUCUGCUGGAGGAGCAUGAGCUCGGGAUGGAGGCUCAGAAACGGUGUUCAGAUAAAAGUGAGCAUCACGAGAAUGAGGAGGCGGAGGAAGAGUGCAUGUGGCUCUGGCUGUUGGACUUGGAGCGCUCUGUGGCGUUGGCAGUAGGCCGCUGCCUCGGCGGGAUGAUGCAAGGCCUGCCGCCUUCACCUCAGGAGAGAACUUCAGAGUUCUGGUUAUCAAAUGUGCUCCUACGGAAUGGCCUGGAAAUGGACUACGAAGAGCUGGACUCUAGCAUGGCGUGGCUCACUGAGGUGGUGCUACGGGGCGGCAGCGAUUCAAGGUUGGCAGAGCUGAGCCUCAACCAUGAGACACUGACCUUACUGGAGGUGGCACUGGGAUAUUCCAGAGGAGCUGCCGGCUGCCUGCUGCAAAAGAUGGAGGAGUAUGCGCUCAGCAGAGAGUGGGAGAAUGGAGGCUCUUCGGGCGACUCUUUGCUGGAGGCGGUUUGUCGAUGCAGCUUGGCAGCACUUCUGAAGCACUCCGGGAUGCAGGAUAAAGCCUGUUGGCAGGACGGAUAUGAACACGGUGAGAUGCUGUCGGACGUGUUUGAAACUGUCUAUAAAGUCAGAAUGUCUCUCUUGGCCUACAAAAACUCUCCGAGGACCUCUCAAGUGCUUGCUGCUCCCAAGCAGACCGCUCAGAGUCCAGAUGCAGACAGGAGAGGAGAAGAGCCUGGCGCUCCAGCGGCGAAGGACAACGAGCGACAAUCCGUUGGUCAAUGCAGCCGGGAGGUGCAGGUGCCCCCACCCGUUCAUGCAAACCACAACCAAGACCAAGACGAAUCAGUGGAAGACACAUUUGGCAGCACUCGCAUGGACCUUACAGAAGUUCUCGAGUCCUUCAUGGCGACUCGUGAGGCGAUGCAGGUCCAGCAGAACGUCACCGUCUACGAGUCCUUCGGCACCUCCGCCCUGCCUGGCACAGCCGAGAGCCCAGGAAGCCCACGUGUGGAGCUCGACGCUCAGCAGCAGUGGGACAGCCAACGAGAGGCGGAAGUGGAAAGCUUGCCUUUCCCCAGCAUGUGUUGUUUGCUUGUUUCCCGCGCCCUCUUCCUGCUUUUGGGAGUCCGGCCUGCGUGGGUGGAGCCCAGCGAGAGGGAGGAGAAUCAGGCGGCGAACUCUGGCUCCAGGAGCGAGUCUUUUGGUGGCAGAAAGCAUUCUGACCAAUCAAAGACCUCCUCGGGAUCGUACAAGAAUAAAAUGGCCUUACCUCUGUGCUCUUUGGACAUCAUGAAAGAUGCUUGGGAUCGCCUCCGUCAGUGCAUCAGUCCUACCGCCCCCACGGCCCAAUUUGGAAGCCACACCCAGCUGAUCCUGAACCAGGCUCUCCACUUUGUGUGCGGUAGCAUGUUGCAGUCGCCGACCCAGAAUUGUGGCGAGGCCGAACCCGAGGCUAUCGCUUUUGCCAUCCUGCAGCAGCAUCACAGAGCAGAGAUGCGCCUGGAGGCCUUUCAUCAGAUGUCAUCCUUCCUGUCCAAGAUGGAAGACAAGAGCUGUGGAAUCAGCGUUUCUCCUCAACUUCCUGCAUUGUUGCAAUCUGUGCAGCUCCAGUUCCUGUCGGGAUGCUUCGCUUUGGGGACUCAAAUCAUCAGCUCCUCCACGGGAGCUCAUUACGAGAUGCAGCAUUACACGGCUGGCACACAUUCAGCUUCUUUAGCCAAGCAAAGAGAGUUACAGUCUGCAGCGCACGCUUUCUACCAGCAGGUGGUUCACGUCCUCAGACAGAGGGUCCAGUUGGAAAGGAAGAACCCAGGUUCAUGCCAGCACCUUCUCCUGUCCACCAUGUUUGCACUGAAUUUCUGCUACCAACCUAUGGACCUGGUGCUGGUCAUCCGGUGCGGCAUCCUGGACCUCCUCUCCACGCUGACCGACAACAGCUGCGUCCUGAUGAACCAGGGCUGGUUCGCCGUCUCCACAUCUGGAUGCAUGGUGCUGAGCGGGGCCGUCAAGCUGGCGUGUACACGCCUGCUGCAGAUAAUGACCGUGGCUUCGAGCUCCUGCGAGGAGCUGCUUCCUCUGGAGGUCUCCCACGCGCUCAUGGAAGUGAUGUGUGAGCAGCUUCAGAAUAUCUUGCACCUUUUCCAGCAGCAGCAAGCGGCAGAGAGAGGGGCAGCUGAGAGGACGGUGGAGGGCAGCAGAAGCUUCAACGGAUUGGAAAGCAGUAGCAGAGUACUUGAAUGUCAGCUGGCAGACUUUCUGGUCUUUCUGAGGCGGGUGCUGUCAUUAAGAGUGAUGAAAACACUCUCCACUUUCCUGAAAUGGGUGGACCCACUCAUGGCCAUUAUUUCCUACAAGUGCGCCUUAGGAUCACCAUGCUACCACAACCUUCGCACCAAGCUUUUGGCCUUCCAUGUUUUGGAACGACUGUUACCUGCUUGUUCUGAGCCUGAAAAUAUUCAAAAGAUUGUCAAAGAACUCUUUCAGCUGAUGUCUGUUUACAUGUGGGAGAAGCCUCUGGUUGAGCGGGCCCACGAGGAGACUGUAAAGGAUGCAAUGAAUCCUGGCAGCGAUGAGGAAUGUAUUCCCAUUGGCGAGUUUUCCUUUGAUCCCCACAAGCUUAUUUGCUGCUCCUUGGAGAGCGGCAACGUUCUCUCGCACGGCACAGGAGGGAAAGGUUACGGCCUUGCCACCACCUCCAUCACCUCCGGAUGUUUCAUAUGGAAGUUCUACAUCACCAAAGAAAACCGAGGCAACGAGGGAACGUGCGUGGGGGUGUCACGCUGGCCCGUACGGGACUACAACCACCACACCACCACCGACAUGUGGCUGUAUCGCGCCUACAGCGGCAACCUGUACCAUGGCGGGGAGCUGGUCCGCACGCUUCCCUCCUUCACGCAGGGCGACACCAUCACCUGCAUCCUGGACAUGGAGGCUCACACUGUGUCCUUUGCUAAAAACGACAAGGAGCCAAAGUUGGCAUUUGAAGGCGUGGUUGCCUCAGAGCUUUACCCCUGUGUGUUGUUCUACAGCAGCAAUCCUGGAGAGAAGGUGACCCUACGUGACCUCCAGAUGCGAGGCAUGCCUAGCAACCUUCUUCCCGGCGAGCCGCUAUGCAGCCCUCAGAGCACCACCCUCAUUGAGUCGGCUGUGCGGCUCCUCCGGAGGCUCCACCAGUGCGAUCAGUGGUCCUCACACAUCAACCAGUACAUCCGUGACCGCCUGGAGCUCAUCGGUCCCCUGCUGAGAGAGGACAAUUUGGGAGGCAUCGCCGCAGAACCCGCUGAAGACAACUCCAGCGAUUUAGCGCCCCAUCACAGCCUCUUAUCAGAGGCCAAGCUGGCUGCUCUGUGCACGGAAGUAUGGCCGGUACUGGCGCUGAUCGGAGGCGUGGAUGGCGGUCUCCGGGCCGGGGGGGCGUGUCUGCAUAAACCCAGUGGCCGCAGGGCCAUCCUGCUGGGGGUCCUGAAAGAAAGAAGCUCUCUGGCCAAGCUUCAGUGGGGAGAGGCGGACCUUUCUAUGAGCUCCAUGAAUUCUUGGUCACCCAGCGACACACCCAUCAUCUCGCUGGAGCCCUGCGACUCAUCCUGUUGCGACGUCGCCCGCAUUGGAGGCCUCAAACCGGCGGUGCUGUUGGAUCUGAUUUAUCUAAUGGGCCUGCUGGAGGAGCGAGGUUGGCUCGGUGCUCAUUCCACCGCCGUAAGGAACUUGUCGGAGGAGGAGAGCUUAGCGGAGGGCGAGACCCAGUAUUGCCUGGAUGAGGACAUGGCGGACGACCUCAAGUGGUUGACAGAAGAGGACAGGAAGUCACCGUCCUCGACCAGAGACAUCAUGAAGGUCCACCAGGAGUCAACCCCGCAAACCAAAUUCAACACCUUUGCGUCUGAACUACGAGCAGUUCGAGUCUCCUAUCUUCUCACUGGCGCAUUGAAAUCCCUUGCAGUCAUCUUCAGCUGCGACAAGUUAUCGGAUUUGCUCUCCGCGCCCAAACAGGAUCCCACCAGUGUCUUGACAAGUCCGACGUUGGACCCAGGAAAAGGUGAAACUGCCGAGCAAUGGGAUGAGAGCGCCGAGCUGAGGUCCGUUCUGCAGUAUGUGGUGCAGAGCAUGGUGAAGUGGGCGGUCCGACCCUGUCCCAUAAAACAGAGAGUCUCUCUGGCUGACCUGGAGAGGGCUCAGGUCAUGAUCUACAAAGGAGCCUUGAGAGGACUGCAGGAUAAGGAACGCAAAGAAUCAGGCCCCCACUCGGCCUCUCAGCCCAUUUCCAAGUCGUCCAGCUCCGUCUCCUUGUACAGCGUCGGCUCGGAAGGCACCGCCAUCUUCGGGCAGUCCAACAGGGCCUCUGCUUCGUCCUCCAACACCGAACUGGCUUCAUCCCUCCCGGCCAACCUGCAGGCGGACGGUCUUGAACACUUUAACCCUUUUCUCCCCAUCAGUCUACUUCAACACAUGGUGCUAACCCGCUUCCCCACACUCACCGGCCUGGUUAGCGCCCCGCCUGUGCUGCACCCAUGCUUCUGCCUGGCCAGCUCGGCCUCGUGCAACGCCUUCACUGAGCAGCAGACUAGCUUCAUGGAGCCUGGGCCCGGCAGCACGCAGGCCAGAAGCAGCCUGGAGCGGACACAAAUGUUUGUCACCAGUCGCUUACUAGAAAUGGGAUUCUCUAUGAGACAUAUCUACUGCGCCAUGGAGGCAGCAGACGUAGCAGGUGACUUAGACUCCCAAACCAUCGAGGUGUUGGCCAGCUGGAUGCUGGAGCACCCCCUGACUGAGGAACAGCAGACCGCUGAGUCCCCCAGGCAGGAUGGCGAGCCUGACACGCCCUCUUCCGAUGGGCCCGAGACGGUGCAGUGCCCUGAACGCCCCACAAGCCAACCCAGCGAGAGCUUGCUGCCAGGUCUCGACUGGAUAGAGAGAGAGAACUUCCUGGAUGUCCACCUGACCAGGAACAGACCUCCUCCGGCAAGGCGACGCCGUUCUGGUCCAACUCAGAGGACAUCUUUUCGGAGAGCAGACUUGCCAUCACCCAACCCCGUCCCCCAGCUGUACCAACAGAACACAGGCGAUUGGCCGGAGUACGUGGAGUUUCAUCCCUUCUCUGCGGAGGAGGAGUCCGAGCUAGGCUACAUGGACGACGUCUACCAUGAAGAGACCUACGAGGACCUGCUCACUCCUUUCUUCAGCCUGGAAAGAGACACGCUUCAUAUAGUAGAGAGCGCAGAAGAACACAGUCAGAUGGUGAAAUGUGAGCUGUGCAACACCCUCACCUUGCAGUUCAACAACCACAUCAAGCGCCGUCAUCCAGGCUGCGGCCAGAGCGCCGCACGCAAGGGUUACGACAGCACGGGGGCCUACGUGGAUGUGUGGUUCAAAGGGGAGUGCGGCUCCAACUUCCCCUUCUACCUCCUUUGUACUUCCUGCAGGGAAAAGUAUCUUGCUGCAAACGUUAGCGAUCCAAGCUCCAGAAAUGAAAGGACAAAAGUCAGUGAUUUGAUUGGCCGUUUGGACAGCACCUCUGAUGAUGAUUGGGAAAUGAACCACCAAGAUGAGUGUGAUGCAGACAGACUUACAGGUUUGGAGGACUUUGGACUCCUUCUAAGGCCGCUGGGUCUGACUGAGAAGAAGCUGGUGCCUGACCCCAUUGCCUUUGCUGAGCCCGAUCCACUCGGAGCUCUGGUUUAUAGCUCCACCGAUCCUCUGAAAGCAGUUCCCAAAGGGGGUGCUGUGGUAGAGCAGAAGAUCUCACUGAGCCUCGGGCAGCAGGCGAUAUCGCUGAGGGACUCUCAUGACCGACUCAAAGCUCUAAGAAGAGUAACUUCCACAGCGCAGAUCCUGCUGGCGUACAGCAUGGUGAUGCGAGCCUUAUCUCAGACCGCUUGCAGCCCAUCGAGCGGACUGGAGUCUCUGGGCUUGGCAGACAUCCGCAUCCUGGUGCGUCUGAUGACGCUCGCUGCGGCAGGCAGGGCUCACACUUGUGUGGACAGACGGUCUGCUGGCAAGGGGCCGGCCUCUGAGCACAGCAGCUCCAGCUGCCUCAGCUUCCUGACCUCAGCCAUUGGCAGCGUUGUGUUGCGCAGCCCCACUGCCUACAGACAGCUGGUGGAGAUAUGUACUCAGGACCUGAUGGCAGCAGCUACAGGAGUGAGUCAUGGAGGCUGCAGCGAGACACAGCAGAGAGCCUGCCUGACAUCCAGCGUGAUGAUGCCUGCUGCAGCAGCCCAACAGGAGAGGGACUGCAACGAUCACCUGGCUUCCUUCCUGGUCACACAAAGUCUGGUAGCCUUGCUCACCGAGAAGGGGGCUCACUGCCACGGCGCUGACAAGCCUGAACACGAGGCUCACGACGCAGGGCAUCCGGGGCUGUGUUCCACCUCAUUACCUGCAGGCCCUUCCUCUCACCGAGGAUCCAGAGUGGGCCCCCUUGAGCUGGCUAACGCUCUGGCGGCCUGCGUCCUCUCUGCCAUGUUGAACAAUCAACACCGCCAGUGGGCAGCACAGCGACUGGUGCAGGCUUUAGCAGUAACGGGUCGGGACAGUCCCAGUCGAGCCCAGACCUACAGUGACCUCUCUGGGGACUUGCGGAAAUGUCCCAUCAAAAGACUGGAAGGACAUUAUAACAAGAUGGCAACUUGUUUCUGGAACAGCGAACAGAAUUUGUUGGCUACUUGCUCUCAGGAUAAAGUGGUGCAGCUGUGGAGCAUCAGUGAAAACAAUGCACAGUUGCACACCACCUUCUCCUGCAUAUCAAGUAAAACAGACAGAGCAAGCUCUGAAAGCAGAGCAGGAAGAUGUCAUCAUCACAUGUCGCCCGUGUACUGGAGCACAGGUGGAGACUUCCUGGCGGCCCCAGAGAAUAAACACGUCACCAUCAUGAACAUCAGGGGGUCUCACUGUCACACGGAGGCUCAGUCAUCUCGGGUCACAGCGCUGUGUUGGGCUCCGGCCUUCAACUUGUGGCUUCUGGAGCAGCCUGGUGCUUACAAGAGCAGACCCACCGAGAACUUGCUGAUGGGGAGGCUGGACGGCUCCCUUUGCUGGCUGCGUGUUACCAUGCAGGAGCUGGACUUGCUGGUGAAGACCACUGAGCUCACCCACUGCUACAGAACAGAGGCUCCACAAUGUGUGGCAUGGCACGGCGAGGAAAAGCCUUUUGCAGUCGGCUACCCCAGUGGGAAGGUCCUUUUGGCAACAACUGAGACCUACGAGAAUGAGCCCUUGGUGGUGCUUCCUGUUCACCAGGAUGGCGUCACUUCCCUCAAAUGGGAUCCCACAGGGCACCUGCUGCUCUGUUUGGGCAAGUCAGAGGUUGUGAAGAUUGUGGGACUGUCAGGGGGAACUUGGGUGACACUCCACUACCUUGUUCAUCCCUGUACCGUCAACGUCGCAGAGUGGUGCCCACUUCCUGGUCGAGCCCCGGAUCCCAUGCUUAUGAUGGCCGUUGGUUGCCAGAAUGGCUCUGUGCAUGUGUGGACGCUGCCACAAGGGGGUGGAGCUGUGUCUUUGUCCAGCUCUUUGAGAGAGCCGAGAAGCACCCAUGUCAAGGACAGUUCAAAGUGCGUGUUUGUUCUUCACGGCCACAUCACAGCAGUGAAGUCGCUUUCAUUUUGCUCAAGUGGGAUGGCUUUAGUGUCUGGAGGCAUAGGGGGGCUGCUCAACGUCUGGUCCUUGCAGGAUGGUUCAGUCUUACAGACCGUUACAGGUUUGGGCUCUGUGGUCAGCACUACCUGGAUUCCAAAAAUGGGUGUUGUUGUCUGCUUUGGGCGAUCAAAGGAUGUUUUGUUGAUCAGCUGCACCCCGGACUGGAUCAGUCAGAAUCACGUGCUGGCUUUCUGUCGCAUGGUCCUCAGAAGCCAGGGCAUCCUGGGUCUUCAUCGGGCUCCUUGUUUGGCGGUGUUGCUGGAGAGGCUGCCCUUGCUGCUGCAGGAGCAGUACGCCUAUGAGCGGACCCACGUCGCUGCAGGUGACCAACUGAUCCACAGUGCCUUCCUGCAGAGCCUGGCCUCCCUCGCUGUUGGUUUGUCCUUAGAGGAACACCUGUGCCGUUACCCUUGCCCCCCGCAUCACAGCAACGCAAACACCCUAUCCUGCCCAUCUGAAUGGAGCUGGCUCAUCACCUUCGCCACCACCGUGCGAAGUGCUGAGGCCAUCGCCAGCGGCAUCGUCUUCCCAGAAACAUUUUCGGUUCCAGAAUUUGAGGACAAGGAUUGUUCUGAAAUUUCAAAAGUCCUGGACAACAGCAAGUGGAGCUUCAGGAUGGACGAACAGCUGAUGUCAUGGGCAACCACCCGACCAGAGUGUCAGAAGAUGGAUGAACCCAUAGGAUGGAUGAACCCUGUACCAUGGACUGUGGAAGAUUGGCAGCGAGGUGGCAAGAGUGAAGUGUACCUGUGGGGAAAUGGACGCUACGGACAGCUAGCUGGGAUGGGAACCAACCCCAUGACUCCUACGUUGGCGGCCACUCUUCUACAGACACAACAGGUGGUGUGCGGUCAGAACUGCACUUUCUUGGUUCAGUCCAAUGGAACUGUGCUGGCUGUAGGGGAAGGACAAUAUGGCAGGCUCGGACAAGGGAAUUCGGAUGAUCUCUAUGUCCCCACUAUUAUCUGCGCUUUUCAAGGUUACGUGGUGACCCAGCUGGUGACGUCCUGCGGCUCAGACGGACACUCCAUGGCCCUGACCGAGACCGGGGAGGUCUUCAGUUGGGGGGAUGGCGAUUUUGGAAAACUGGGACAUGGCAACACUGAAAGACAGAGGAGACCCAAACAGAUAGAGACCUUACAAGGAGAAGACGUCAUUCAGCUCGCUUGUGGUUUCCGACAUUCUGCUGUGGUGACGUCUGAUGGGAAGCUGUUUACCUUUGGUAGCGGCGAAUCUGGCCGUCUCGGUCAGAGGUCAACGUCUAACAAGGUGCUCCCUGAGAGGGUGGCUGCUUUGGAGGGAUACCACGUUGGACAGGUGUCAUGUGGUCUCAACCACACUUUGGUCUUGUCUGCGGACGGCAUGAUUGUGUGGGCGUUUGGAGAUGGGGAUUAUGGAAAGUUGGGGACUGGUUCCUCAACAGCAAAAUACUACCCUCAGAAAGUGGAGCAGCUUUGCAAUAAAGGAAUCAAGAAGGUCAGCUGCGGCACGCAAUUCUCUGUUGCGCUGGCCUGUGAUGGACAUGUGUAUACAUUCGGAAAAGAGCGUCUGAUUGGCCUGCCGGACUCCAUGCUCAAGAACAGGUCGUAUCCUCAGGUGGUGCCGGCACUGGAUGGGCUCUUCAUAGAGAACAUUGUCCUAGGCUGUGAACACGUUCUCACCUUGUCCUCCACCGGGGACGUCUACGCCUGGGGGUGUAACAGUGAUGGACAGCUUGGUCUUGGCCAUUGCAACCCGGUGAAGGAGCCCACCCUCGUGACAGCCCUCCAGGGGAAGAACAUCACACAGAUCUCUGCAGGCCGCUGCCACAGCUCAGCAUGGACCACACCUUCUACCUCCGUUAAAACUUCAGGUGGCUCUAGAAGUGUCCAGCUUGGUCUUCCCCAGUCUGUCCCUCCCCAGUACAACACUCUGAAAGGCUGCAGCCCUGAUCUACUCAGCAUGCGCCUGAGGGUGCUUUAUCACUUCUCAGAUCUCAUGUACAAGUCAUGGAGGCUGCUUAACUUGGACGCCAAGAACUCGGUGUCCACUUCACGGUACAGUUCGGGGACGGCAGCCAUCAUCCGUGGCGAGCUCAGAGGCCUCCUAUCACCGAAGGUCAACACUCUUCCUUUAGUACGCUCCAUCGGUAGAACCAUGACACAGGGCAAAACGUACGGGCCGCAGAUCACUGUGAAGCGCAUCUCUACAAGAGGGCGCUCUAGCAAGCCCAUCUUUGUUCAAAUUGCAAAGCAAGUGGUGGGCCUGAACCCUCUGGACCUGCGACUGCCAUCCAGAGCCUGGAAGGUUAAGCUGGUCGGCGAGGGAGCGGACGACGCCGGAGGGGUUUUUGACGACACCAUCACCGAGAUGUGCCAGGAGUUGCAGUCCGGAGUGGUGGACCUACUGAUCCAUACACCCAACAGCUUUGCAGAUGUGGGCAGUCACACGGACAGGUUCCUCUUGAACCCAGCCUCCCUCUCCAAAGAUCACAUGAUCCAGUUUCGCUUUCUGGGGAUCCUGAUGGCCGUGGCCAUACGGACCAAGAAACCUCUCGACUUGCAUCUGGCGCCGUGGGUGUGGAAGCAGCUCUGCUCCAUUCCGCUGGGGGAGCCAGACCUGGAGGAGGUGGAUCUCCUCACCUACCGCACUUUGCAAGGGAUUCUCCACUUGGAAAACAGCGGCAUCACUGAGGAGAAUUUCCAUGUGAUGAUACCGCUAGAUUCGUUCAUGGCCCACGGUGCAGAUGGGAGGCUGGUACCGGUGAUUCCUGGAGGUCAAAACGUUUCCCUGAACUUUUCCAACCGGACAGAGUAUGUGGAAAGAGCUCUGGAGUACAGGCUGCACGAAAUGGACUCUCAGGUGUCCGCCGUCAGAGAGGGCAUGUCCACCAUCAUCCCCGUGCCCCUCCUCUCCCUGCUGACGGCCCAGCAGCUGGAGCAGCUGGUGUGUGGCCUGCCCGAGGUCUCGGUGGAGAUGCUCAAGAAGCUGGUGCGCUACCGCGACAUCACAGAGAGCCACCAGCUGGUCUGCUGGUUUUGGCAGAGCUUGGAGGAGUUCACCAAUGAGGAGCGGGUGCUCUUCCUGCGCUUCGUCUCUGGCAGGUCCAGGCUGCCGUCCAACCCAGCAGACAUGACGCAGAAGUUUCAGAUCAUCAAGGUGGACCGGCCUGUCAACGGCCUCCCGACGGCUCAGACCUGCUUCUUCCUGCUCCGUCUUCCACCGUACACCAGCCAAGCGGUCCUGGCCGAGCGUCUGCGUUACUCCAUCCACAAUUGCCCCUCCAUAGACAUGGACAACUACAUGCUGACACACAACACUGACCCUAUAGAGAGCUCUGACACAGAGGAGUGACUCGGCCAAUUAUGCACUGAUUUUUAAUCGCCAUACUUUUGUGUGUGUGUGUGUGUGUGUGUAUGUUGGAUGAGGUGUUGUAUUUAAUGCAGUGCUUCAACUGAAAAGGUACUGAGAUAUAGACUAUUUCUUAUCAUAUAAGCCAGCCUGAAUCAAUGUGCCUGUUUGUUUGAUGAUAAUUUAAUGAUCUGUCCGACAUAGGCAGUGUUACUGUAAAAUAAAGAGCGUUUACUGGUACUGUAUCAUAUUUUCUUUUUGAUUUUUUUCAAAUUAUGCCUUUUAUGUGGUUUUGUUGCGAUAUGCAUUAAGAAUUCAAAUAGGGUUGUACAAUGAGAAAAUAAAGUGAGGCAAACAUGAUAAACACUCAAUUUA